AUGGGUCAAGCCACAUCCUCUGCGGUCCUGCAGGCCGUCACAGCGGUGACCGGCGCUCCAGGAUCAGCUGAUCCCUUGGCCACCAUGGGCAAGAACAUGUUUGAUGACAAGGUAAUGGCCGAGAAGCUGCCGGCAGCAGUGGUGAAGCGUUUCCAGGAGUGCUUGAUCAGCGGCGCACCCACAACGGAGGAUGAUCAGAAGAUCAUUGCAGAUGCGAUGUUUGAAUGGGCGCGGGAACGUGGCGCCGUGGACUUCAGCCACUGGUUCUUCCCGCUUCGUGGUCAGGGCGGCGCUGUGGGUGGCAUGCUCGGCGCCUUCAAGCAGGACACUCUUUUGGACCUCGACUUUGGGUCGAAGUACGUGACAAAGCCCAUGAAGGCCUGCUUACCAGCAGAGCGGCUUUUCCAAGGCGAGACCGACGGCUCGUCCUUCCCAAACGGAGGGCUCCGAGUAACACAUUCCGCGGCAGCCUUCACCACCUGGGAUCGGUCCUCCCCGCCUUUUGUGAUCAACAAGACAUUGUACAUCCCAUGUGCAUUCAUCACGCACUUCGGGAAGUGCAUCGAUGAGAAGACCCCACUUCUGCGGUCGAUGGAUGCAGUCAAGUCGCAAGGCUUGCGAAUGUUGAAGGCCGUCGGCCUUGGAAAAGAUGCCCAGACAAUGCAUAGCUACCUGGGCUGGGAGCAGGAGUUUUUUGUGAUGGAUGCUGCGCUCUACAAGGCCCGCCCAGAUCUGGUGAACACUGGCCGGACCUUGUUCGGCAAGUUGCCCACGCGACACCAGCAGGGCGACCUGAACUAUUUCCAGGCAAUCCCAACAAGUGUACAAAAUUUGCUGGACAACGUCCAGGCUGCAAUGUUGCUAGUGGGAUGCCCCAUGGCCGUGAAGCACAAUGAAGUCGCUCCAGGUCAGCAUGAGAUGUCUCCUGUCUUCCGGGUCGCGAACGUGUCCUGUGACAGCAACGUCUUCUUCAUGGAGACCAUGAACAGAGAAGCGGAAAAGCUCGGCUUGCAGGUGCUGUUCCAUGAAAAGCCUUUCGCGGGUAUCAAUGGCAGCGGUAAGCACGCCAACUGGUCAGUUGGAACGGAUACAGGCAUCAAUUUCUUCUACCCCGGCAAGACAGACGAAGGCAGGAAGCUCUACGUGAGUGGAAUUGCUUGCUUGGCUUAUGGCCUGUCUCAGUACAAUGAGCUUGUUCGCUGCACUGUGGCAACCGCCGGCAACGACCACCGGUUGGGCGCACAGGAAGCUCCUCCUGCAAUAAUCUCGCUAUACCCAGGACAAGGUUUCGAGCAGUUCGUUGACGCCGUCAUCGCUGGUGCGGACCUUUUGGGGUACAAGGCCGAGAAGAAACAUCAGCAGACAGGCUGCACCCAGGCCAUGUUCAUCGAGGCCAAUGUGGAGGACAGGAAUCGCACAGCACCCUUCCCUUUCUGCGGCAACCGCUUUGAGUUCAGAGCGGUGGGCUCUUCCCAGAACUGCUGCUUGCCUGUGAUGGUCUGCAACGCCAUCAUGGCUGCUGGCAUGGGUCACCUCGCCGGCUUAAUCGAGGGCGGCAUGUCCCACCGGGAUGCUGUGGCGAAAAUGUUCAAGGAGAACAAGCACGUGAUUUUUACGGGCAACGGCUACUCCCCAGAGUGGAAGGAGGAAGCCGCAAAGAGAGGCCUGCCAAACUUGAACACCACGCCCAAGGCUGUGGUGACCUGGAGCUCUGACAAGAACAAGAAGCUGUUCGACGACUUGAAGAUCUAUACCAAGGAAGAGACGGAGGCAAGACAAGAGGUCAUGCUGGAAAACUACAUCAAUUGCCUGACUAUCGAAGCGCAGACCAUGAUCAACAUGGUGGAGACUGGCUUCGUGCCAGCCUGCGCGAAGGACUUGAAGAAGUGUGAGAACAUGAGUAGCAAGUUCUCCGAGCCAAGAAAAACCGCGUACGAAGCGAUUGUGGAUGAGCUUGAAAAGCUCAAGGCAUGCAUGGAUGCCAUGCCACACGGCGACCUUGAGAAGGAAGCCACGUACCUUUGUGACAAGGUCAAAGUGCAGAUGGGAUCUCUGCGGGAGGCCGUGGACAAAGCGGAGACCAUGAUGGAGAGCAGCCUCUAUCCGUACCCAACUUACGAGCAGAUGAUCUACUCGCACCAUUUUUGA